GUAUCUGUUUAAUAUUGCCAUAUGUUAACAAACAGUUAUAAGUUAUACUUUGUUGCUUGUUAAAAAAAGGAAAAUGCAUUUAAAAAUUCCACAAAUGUGUUAUGCUGAUAAGAAGAGUGAAGCGAAACGACGUGUAAACGCUCUAAAUUGGAAUUAUUUGCUGACUGCUUUAAAUGCCAAACAUUCACAAAGCAAGGCUAAACAGAUAACUUGGGAUUUAACAGAACUGAAAAAUUCGCUUGUCACCGAUAGCAACAUCCUGACAGAUCAAGUGAUCAGGUAUUAUUUUUACGAUAAAACUGUUAUGUCUGACAAUUUCUUAAAGAUCAAUGAAGCAAUCGAACAAUACAUUGCGAAAAGUAACGGUUUUCUUGAUCGGAUCGUCAAAAAUGUUUGCGAACAAAAUAACUUCACGUAUCAGAGUUUUGUUAAAAUUGCCAACAAUCUUGUUUUUGACAAGGUAACAUGGAUCAAAAUUUCCGGUUUGUUUGCAUUUUAUGCUAAACUUUCUGAAUACUGUUACACCGUCGGUAAGAAAACCCUGGUAGCCUCGGCUGCAACCUACAUUGGAAAAUUCCUUUCACAAAAUACAGACACUCUUAAAUUUUUCUUGGAAAACGCCACAAAGGAAAAUGUUUUCACAAACAUGCUACCUGUCAAAAAUGGUGAUGUCAUAAUAAGAAAAACUAAAAAAAAUUUAAUCGGACUUUUCAUGCUUGUCACGAGUUUCUCUUGGACUUACAUAUAGAUUGCCAAGACGAGCUGGAGGAUAAGGAAAAUAUGAGUACAAAACCAUUUUUGCGAACUUAACGCAUUAAUUUGUUUUGUGAAGUAAAACACUGAAAUAUUAUAAUUGUUAAAAUGUUGGUAGAUAUUGUUUAUUACAAAAUAA